AUGCGGGGCAGCUUAGACUACAACCAAGAAGCGAACGGUGAGGGUCGGUUCCGUCCUGCGCUCCGAGCUCGUUUCAGCCUACACCAGGGAAUGGAAGCUAAAGCCAGCGACGGCUGCGCGGUGAACGCAGCGGCGGAUCCGUCAGGUAGCAGAGCGAUAGAUUUCAGUGAGUUAAUGGAGAAGUACGCGGAGGUGAACUUUGCUCAUGGAAAGAGCUCAGGCGAGGACAGAGCCGCGGCCUGCCUCCCCAUAGCCGUGCGUAAUUUCGGAAACGCCGGGUCUCCGUGCGCGCUCUCCGGCUCGAACAAUGACGUCCUGGCCGAGUUCGCUCCUCCUGCGGAGAAGUCGUUCGGCGCGAGCGAACUUCUGAAACUCGAGCCGGCAGAGUGGCGCGAUAUAACUGACAAAAUACUCCACCUUAAGGACACUCCGGACAGUCUGGAGGGGUCUGUUCCCUCAGGGACGGCCAUGUGUAAGUUCAUCAAAGACGAGAGCGAGCCCUCGCUGAUUAUGGAGCCCCCUCAGCCCCCUCACCGCGCGGGUGAUUUCGAGCUAGCGUCGGCCGUUGAGCCGUUGGCCGUUCCGGAGGACUCCGCGGCUCUGCUCGCCGCCGCCGCCGGCCAGCAGCUAGGGGUGGACAGCUCGACCAACUUUUUGGUGGACCUGAACCUGCCUAACUCGGCUGAUCCAGCCUCGUUUCCUCAGCUGAGGGGAGACUCGCGGCUCGUGCCCGCGGCCAAAGCCAUGCUGAACUUGGACGUCGUGAACGCGCCCUCACCGCAGCACCUGCUCAUGUGUAAGAACGAGGGGGGGCGGUGGCAGAACUCACCUGCCGAUUUCUGGAGCCAGUCGGCCGUGCUGAGCGAGGAGCAGCACGGGCAAAGUGGCUACUCAGGGCCGGACGCGCUCAACGGCUCAGGGUUCGGUCAGCGGGCAGCCACCUACUGCGCGUUCCCGCGUGUCCCACCUCAGAGAAUGUGUGUGAUAUGUGGAGAUGAAGCCUCAGGAUGUCACUAUGGAGUCCUUACAUGUGGAAGCUGCAAGGUGUUCUUCAAGAGAGCUGUGGAAGGACAUCACAACUAUCUUUGUGCUGGGCGAAAUGACUGCAUCGUGGAUAAGAUCAGGAGAAAAAACUGUCCUGCUUGUCGACUCAGAAAAUGCUACCAGGCCGGGAUGAUGCUUGGAGGUCGUAAGCUGAAGCGGUUUGGGGUUUUGAAGGCCAUGGGUCUGAGCCCAUCACUGAUGUUCCCAAGCCCUCUGGCCCUGACCGCUGAGGGCCACGCUUUGGCCUCCAUGCCGUGUUUUCCUGGGAUCCGUGACCUGCAGCUCUCUCCUCAAAUUAUCAGCAUUCUGGAAAGCAUCGAGCCAGAGAUAGUCUACUCAGGCUACGACAACUCUCAGCCGGAGCUGCCCCAUUUGCUUCUCAACAGCCUCAAUAGACUGUGUGAGAGACAGCUCCUCUGGAUCGUCAGGUGGUCCAAGUCUUUGCCAGGUUUUCGCAAUUUGCACAUCAAUGACCAGAUGACCCUAAUCCAAUAUUCUUGGAUGAACCUGAUGGUCUUUGCUUUGGGGUGGAGAAGCUUCCAGAACGUCACAACUGAUUACCUGUACUUCGCCCCUGACCUUGUCCUUAGUCAGGACAGAAUGCGGAGGUCUCCUAUCUUUGACCUGUGCUUGGCCAUGCAGUACAUUCCUCAGGAGUUUGCAAAUCUGCAGGUGACCCGAGAGGAGUUUCUGUGCAUGAAGGCCCUAAUGCUGCUCAACACUGUGCCUCUGGAGGGCUUGAAGAGUCAGAGCCAGUUUGACGAGAUGAGACAGAGCUACAUCCGGGAACUCACAAAGGCUAUCCAGAUGAAAGAGAAAGGAGUGGUGGGGAGCUCCCAACGUUUCUACCACCUCACUAAGCUCAUGGAUUCCAUGCAUGAGAUAGUGAAGAAGGUCAACCUCUACUGCCUGAGCACGUUCAUCCAAGCUGACGCCAUGAAGGUGGAGUUUCCCGAGAUGAUGACCGAAGUCAUCUCAUCACAGCUCCCGAAGGUGCUGGCCGGCAUGGUUAGGCCCCUCCUCUUUCAUGGCAAGUGA